GGAAUCGGCGGGGAGGUGGGGAUUCUGGGAGGAAAACUCCAUUUCCUCCUUCCCCGCCGGACUCGCCCCUCCACCCGGCACCCCAAAUGUCGAUCUGUCGCCUCCCGGGCGCAGCGCGCUGGUGCUGAGCGAGGCGGCGGCCGCCGCGCCGGGAGAAUGCUGGGCAUGUACGUGCCGGACAGGUUCUCCCUGAAGUCCUCGCGGGUGCAGGACGGCAUGGGGCUCUACACGGCCCGCAGAGUGACAAAGGGUGAAAAGUUUGGACCGUUUGCUGGAGAGAAGAGAAUGCCUGAAGAUUUGGAUGAAAAUAUGGAUUACAGGUUGAUGUGGGAGGAGCCUUUUAUGUUUCAGGUUCGUGGGAGUAAGGGAGAAGUUCUGUACGUUUUGGAUGCUACCAACCCACGACACUCCAACUGGCUUCGCUUCGUUCAUGAGGCACCAUCUCAGGAGCAGAAGAAUUUGGCUGCCAUUCAAGAAGGAGAAAACAUUUUCUAUUUGGCAAUUGAAGAUAUAGAAACAGAUACAGAGCUUCUGAUUGGCUACCUGGACAGUGACGCGGAGGCUGAUGAGGAGGAACAGCAAAUUAUGACAAUGAUCGAAGAAGGGGAAGUUAAAAAUUCUAAAGGACAAUCAACAGCGGGCAGAAAAGAGCGCUUUGGCUGUAAAGAGGACUAUGCUUGUCCCCAGUGUGAAUCGAGUUUUACCAGUGAGGAAAUUCUUGCUGAGCAUCUUCAGACAUUGCACCAGAAACCCACAGAGGAGAAAGAAUUUAAGUGCAAGAACUGUGGGAAGAAAUUUCCAGUUAAGCAGGCUUUGCAAAGACAUGUUCUUCAUUGCACAGCGAAAAGCAGUCUGAAGGAUUCUUCACGAAGUUUUCAGUGCUCUGUUUGCAAUUCUUCCUUCAGUUCAGCAUCGAGUUUUGAGCAGCACCAGGAGACUUGCCGGGGCGAUGCCAGGUUCGUGUGCAAAGCUGACAGCUGUGGAAAGAGGCUGAAGAGCAAGGAGGCCCUGAGGAGACACCAGGAAAAUGUCCACGCUGGAGAUCCUAAGAAAAAGCUCAUAUGUUCAGUGUGCAAUAAAAAGUGUUCUUCAGCAUCAAGCCUACAGGAACAUAGAAAGAUUCAUGAGGUAUUUGAUUGUCAAGAAUGUAUGAAGAAAUUUAUUUCAGCUAAUCAGCUAAAACGUCAUAUGAUCACUCACUCAGAAAAACGACCCUAUAAUUGUGAGAUUUGUAAUAAAUCUUUCAAGAGGCUUGAUCAAGUGGGUGCCCACAAAGUAAUACACAGUGAAGAUAAACCUUACAAAUGCAAGCUUUGUGGAAAGGGAUUUGCCCACAGAAAUGUUUACAAGAAUCACAAGAAGACCCACUCUGAAGAGAGGCCGUUCCAGUGUGAGGAGUGUAAAGCUCUGUUCCGAACCCCGUUUUCUUUGCAGAGACACCUGCUCAUACAUAACAGUGAGAGGACUUUCAAGUGCCAUCACUGUGAUGCUACCUUUAAAAGGAAGGAUACCUUAAAUGUUCAUGUCCAAGUGGUCCACGAUAGACACAAGAAAUACAGAUGUGAGCUGUGCAAUAAGGCAUUUGUUACACCUUCCGUGCUUAGAAGUCAUAAGAAAACACAUACAGGAGAAAAGGAGAAAAUCUGCCCAUAUUGUGGCCAGAAAUUUGCCAGCAGUGGGACCCUGAGAGUUCAUAUCCGUAGCCACACAGGUGAGCGUCCCUAUCAAUGCCCUUACUGUGAAAAAGGAUUCAGUAAAAAUGAUGGACUGAAGAUGCACAUUCGUACUCACACCAGGGAGAAGCCAUACAAGUGCUCAGAGUGCAGCAAGGCCUUCAGCCAGAAGCGAGGGCUAGAUGAGCACAAGAGGACGCACACCGGAGAGAAGCCUUUCCAGUGUGAUGUUUGUGACUUGGCUUUUAGCUUGAAGAAAAUGCUGAUCCGACACAAGAUGACUCAUAAUCCCAAUCGUCCGCUGGCAGAAUGCCAGUUUUGCCAUAAGAAGUUUACAAGGAAUGACUACCUCAAAGUGCACAUGGACAAUAUCCAUGGCGAAGCUGACAGCUAAUGGUAGCUGUAAAGGAGUUGAACCAUUCAGAAGGGCUCCUAAUAUGAAACCCAGAUUUCUCUCACCUGAUUAGCAUAGCAGAAGUAGCCAAAAGCCAUUCACUGGUCUCACAGUUCUUACUUGCCUACCUUUAGAGUCUGUGGAUGCAUAGACAAAAGAAAAAAAAAACCCUACUUUUACCAAGAAAUGGUACAAAUGGAAAAAAAAAAAAAAAACUUUGUAGCCUUGCAAAAUUCUGCUUGUGCUCUGUCUUAUACAAAUGGAAAAAGGAGUCCUGGCUGUCCUUCUUGGCCAUCUCUCUGUAAAGAAGUUUAUUAACAUACUUCCUAUGAGGCCUUUUUAUUUUAUUGUUAACCGUGUGUGUGUGUUUGUGUGCCCAUCCGUGUGUGUGUGUGUGUGUGUGUGUCCGUGUGUGCGCAUGUGCACAUGCUGGUUAUUGCAACUGGUUAUUACUGAUUUAGUCAGGAAGAAAUCAAGAUAGCCAACUAUCUCAUUGCAGAUAAGGAUAAGGGCAAGAGUUUUCAAAGUCUCAAGCAUGAAAACGGGAUAAAACUUGCUAUUUUGUGAAACAGACCAAAAGCAGAUCGUAUUUAAUAGCUCCCUACAACCGGUUAGUUUAAAAUAAGGAGGUGUUUAAGAACUAAAACAUCUCUUGAAGUAUUGCUCAUUUUAGGAAAUUCUUAGGAACCAGUAUUUCCUCUCUUCAUUCAUGGUCUGGCGUACUUUUAUAAGAUCUACAUAAAUGUGACCCUAACACUUAAAUAUUCAUCAAGCUGGUCCUCCUGAGUUUAUACUGGUUAUCUUUAGAAAUUAGCAAUAUACAAAUAUAUACAACUAAAAAUUGAAACAGAAUAGGUUCUCAAUGUUUGUUGGCUGACAGAGUGGCAGGACAAUAGUGGCAUUACAAUAUUAGUUAUGAGGAACCCAGCCCUUUCCCCUCUCAUUCCAUAAAAGUGCACAGAACGUGCUAGUGCAGAUAUAAUGGAGUCCUCAGAGCAUUAACAUUCUGUUUUGCAAAAGACGUUUUCCAGAAUCUUGGCAGUAGGUGAUUCUGAAACACUUUUAAAUUACCCUCAAUCAUCCUAUGUAAUUAGGAAUCCAGAAUAAAAAAUACAAACCUGGCAAUUGUUAUGAUUGAAAUUAUCACUGAAGCUUAAGGGAAAUUGAAGCAAGAAGCAUAAUUUCUUCCUUUAGGUUCUAUUUCAGUAAAAUACUGGAGAGCAACACAAUGAACAGCUUGUUUGGGGAGAAGAUAUGAUAAAAUGUAAAGGUGAUGUCAGCAUAGCAUAGAGGAAUCCAAAAACCAGAAAAAAUUAAAAUGAAGCCCGAAUCAUGACAUUCUCUAUGUGGAGCCCACUCAGAAGAGAGGAAGUAUAAUUUUAAGGAAGUUAUUUGGUUCUGAUGAUUUAAGGAGAAAGGUUAUCUGAAGACACAGUUCUUUGAAGCCAGGAAUCUUGUUUUAGAAUUAUAUUCAUGCUCAGUUCUAGUUUUUAAAAGAAACAUAAAGAUUCAGUAUAGAUAUUUAAACUCUGUAAAAAUACUAAAUUUGAAACUUACCAGAGAUAACUUUAAAAAAUAUAAAUCCCCAGAUUAUAAUUUAGAUGAUAUCUAAGUAUGGUUAUAUGUAGCAUUUUGUAUCUGAAAUUAUAGAUUGUAUUUUAUAAAAAUAGAUUUUGGUCUUGUUUCUCACUAUGUCAUUUGUUUCUACAGUAUAUUUUUAGAUCUAAAAUGUUUUCAAUUUAACAUGACAGUGUGCUUAAUAUCAUUCGAAUAUAAAAGGACAGCUGUAAAAUUUAGUAGUGUGUAUUAUUUAAACACGUUCUGCUCAUUCCUUUGGGUGCUGCCUUCUCUAUAAGGGAUGCUUCAUAUCCCGAUUAUGUGAUGAAUGUGAAACUUGAAAGGAAGCCAAAUACCAAUUUUGUGUAAUCUCAGUGACUCACAAUUUUCAGGGCUGCUGGGGAAAUUACCCUUGAAACCAUGUUGUCGCCAUGCUGUGGAGUAAACUGAUGAGGAAGACGUGCUGGGCCUUAUCAGCCUGAAGGUUUGUAGUCAAGGAAAACUUUAAAAAAUGGUGUAGGAAGACCUACUGUACACCAUGCUUUCUUUGCAACGCACUGAGACCAAAGCAGGUCCUUAAAAGACUAUUUAUGUGCUGUAACCUUUUAUCCAAAAGAUGAUUAUUUAUGAGCAUUUCAGACAUGUUAGCAUUUGUGUGCUGCAAAUUUUAAAUCACGUAGUAAUAACAAAAGAUGAGAACUGAUUUUUUUUUAUGUUUGAGAAAUUAAGAACAUAAAUAGGUAGUCAAAGAGGAAAAGUCUUAUAAGCAAGCUGGAGUAUAGGUACCCUCUUUGAAGUGUCUUUCCCUUCUUUCCUGCUGUAAAAGAUUGUGCCUCAAGUACUUGCUUGGGAAAAGGCCAGACUCUCAGGGGCCCAUGAAGUCAGGGCUAAGUCAUUUUAAGAGGUGUUCAAUGAUACAAUAAUACAGGUAGGUUCAGAUAUCCUUUCAUAAUUUUUAUCUUUGUGUAUUAACAUUCAAGAUAUUUGUAUAUCUUGAAUUCCUUCUUGUUUCAUAAUCACUGGCUUACGUUAUUUUCCUUUCCUUUUCUUUCUUCUUUUUUGGUUGUUGUUGGCCAUAUAGAAGCUUUUAUUGAUUACUCAUGAUCAACAGAUGCAGCAUAAAAGUAUUCAUUGGUGAUUCUUUCUUGGGGUUACACAGAAUAGUUAAAAUGCUUUAACUUUAAAAUACAUAUUUCUUAUAUGCUCUG